AUGUACUGCAUGGUUCCUGGUUGCACAAUUUGUUCAAAGAAGACAAAAGGGAGUGAUAUAUCGUAUCAUCGUUUGCCAAAUGAUCAGCAAAUGCGAAGAACAUGGCUCAGACGUGUUCGUCGUGACAACCUGCCGAAAGCUAAUUCGUGCUAUUUUUGCAGUGCUCAUUUUACCCCAGAUUGUUUCGAGGGUUCUCUUAAAGAAUUAUUUGGCAUGAAAGGGAAAAAGGCUCUAAAAUCUGGAAGUGUUCCAUCGAUAUUUCCGUUUUUACAUCGCAAACCAGAACGCAAAUUAUCAUAUAAGAGGGCACAAAUCAGAGAGAAAAUUGCGAAAGACGAGGUAAUUUCUAUUACUGUAGAAGUGUAUUUUUCUGUGUGAACAGACUAGAUUGCGAAAUCUAUAAAGGUUAUGGUAGGGGAUGGCAAUUACUAAUUUACUGUACAUUCUCUAUUAUGGACGCCAGAGCUUUACUUUUCAGGUCUGUUGGAUGGGGGAGGGGGGUAGUCCCAAGGCGGGCUCAAUAGAAUAGGGUUAUAGCUUAAUAUGAAACCACAGAAAAGCAACAUUAUUAGCGUCCGGGGUAAAUUAUUUAUCGAGUCAUUAACAUGAAUGCAGGGGGGGAAGGGAUAGAGGAUUUACGGUUUGAUCCAUAAGUACUUUAAUAAUGAAUUAAAAUGGUCCACCGGGUAGCCACGUUUUUGGACUAUUUUAAUUCAAAAGUGGCAAAAAACGUGGAUUUCUUUGCAGGAAGUAGCAAGCCUAUUAACAAUAAACAGCGAAGAGCAUGAAAUGGGCAAUACAUGUAUUGAACAAGAACUGCCAAGUACGUCAAGUCACGAUGCAGAAACACAGUGUGAUUUGAAGAUUUUGUUGGAUGCAGAGGUCCAGUGUGAAAAAAUAUUAAAACGGAGUAUUGCUAUACAAACUCUUGCCCAACUUAAAAAUAAAUCUAAAAAUAAAAAAAAUUCUUCUACUGUUCGCAAUACCAAUGGAGAAUGAAGGCUGUCAAAGGUCACUCAACAAAGUUAUUGACCAAAAUGUCCAUACAAGAUCUUUGUCAACUGAUCGUCAUACCCAGAUCACAUCAGAGAUGAGGAAGAAAUACCCCUCCAUAAUCCAUCAGUAUGACGUGUGGCAUCUGUCGAAGUGGAUUAAAAAAAAUUUGGGGAAGAAAGUUAAGACAAAGAUCAAUGAAUCGCUUCUUAAAUGGAUCCAAUCUGUGUCCAAUCAUCUGUGGUGGUGUUCACAGACUUGUGGUGGUGAUGCUGAAGUUUUACGUGAGAAAUGGGUCUCCAUCUUGAAUCAUGUGGUUAACAAACACAGAUGGAAGAAUGGCAAGCGAUUUCGAAAGUGUGGACCUGGGCGUCUCUCUAGAAGAAAGGAAAGGAAGACAAAAUGGUUAGAGGAUGGGUCUGCAGCAUACGUAGCACUAGAAGGGGUGGUUCUCAAUAAAAAACUUUUAAAAGAUAUUGAAAAACUCACAGAAUUUCAUCAUACCGGUGAUAAUGUUGAAGUACAUUCCCAAACGUCGUCAUUUUUCAUACAAAGGCAUGUUGGCCAGAACCCAAUUGGCAGUGAUUGA